AUGACAUCAGGGCAGAAUCACACCACGGUGACAAGAUUCAUCUUGCUGGGCCUCACAGACCAGGCUGACCAAAAACAUCUCCUCUUUGGCGUCUUCCUGCUGAUCUACACUGUGACUCUGGUGGGCAACCUGGGCAUGAUAGACCUGAUCCGUACCAGCUCUGCCCUCCACACCCCCAUGUACUUCCUCCUGAGCGUGCUCUCCUUCCUGGACAUUUGCAAUUCCUCCGUGUUCACCCCCAGGCUGCUGACCAGCUUCCUCACUGUGGACCAGUCCAUCUCGUUCGCGGGCUGUGUGGUCCAGAUGGCCUUCAUGAUCCUCCAUGGCACAGGGGAGUGCCUGCUCUUGGCCAUCAUGGCCUAUGACCGAUUUGUGGCCAUCUGCCACCCUCUCCUCUACCACACCAUCAUGUCCAAACGCUUGUGCACCCAGCUGGUGGUGGGCACCUAUGCUGUGGGGGUGUUCAUUUCAGCUCUGCAGACAGGGAAUGUCUUCAUCUUGCCCUACUGUGGUCCCAACAUCAUUGAUCACUUCUUCUGUGACAUCCCCCCAGUGCUCCAACUGGCCUGCUCAGACACCACUGUAGCCAACAUCAUCCUGCUCUUCUUUUCUGCCUUGGUUACUGUUCCCACAGUGUCCGCCAUCUUGGUCUCGUAUGCCUACAUCCUGGCCACAAUCUGUAGGAUGAGGUCCCUGGAGGCCCAGCGCAAAGCUUUCUCCACUUGUGCCUCCCACCUCACUGCCCUCUCCCUCUUCUAUGGGUCUGUGUUCUUUGUAUAUGUCCAACCCAACCCAGAAAGUGCUUCAGCCUAUAACAAGACCCUCUCCGUGUUCUACACCAUUGUGAUCCCCAUGCUGAACCCCCUAGUCUACAGCCUAAGGAAUAAAGAUGUCAAGGCCGCCGUACACAUUAAGGUUCUUAACUUAAGCAGAAAAGGAAUUUGUUAG